UAAUGAGCUCAGCGGUCGGAGAGUGGAGUUGAUGUGACUCGGGCCGUGAACGCACCCCGCCUGCCUGCUCUCUAGUUACAGUAUGGCGGCUGGGACUUGUGGAGGAGGACAACUUCUUCUAGAUUCCUUCCCGAAAACAGUGGGAAGGCAACGACUUUAACUUAACAAAUAUAUUGGAAAACACGGACGACGACGGCGCAACUUGUGGCUUUAACGGAGUUUUUUCCUGGAUGAUAAUCGGGCUGGUGUGUGAUGCGUGAGGAGGACCCGCAGUCAAGAAACUCCCCUGAUUUUUCCGCGUCUGACUGUCAGUUAGCCGGCUAGCUGCUCAGUUAGCUCACCACCUUAAUGCUAACGUUCGCUUGCAGGGCUCCGUAGUAGCCAAAAGACGGGCUAGCUUGCUGCUUAUAUUUGCUCCAGGAGACAGGGAUGGCAUUUCGCCUCCAUCCGGGGAGUCUUGUUGAAUCGAAGAGGGAAGGCAGUGCAGCCCGGGCUGUGCACAGUGGACAAUGUUUAUUAGUUAGUGCCUAGGAACUUAGAGGACUAACAGUUCGGCCUACAUAUAGGCCACAGAUAUUGUACAUUUAUCCAUUGGGGAUUGCAACAGAAGACUGCCAAUCUGGAUCAAGAAAACCUGUCCCUCGUGUCUGGUUGGAGUAACACUCUAAAGCCAAAGUCAAUGCCUUCAGCGUUGGCUGUGUUCGCCUGCCGACCAAACUCACAUCCAUUCCAGGAGCGGCAUGUGUACCUGGAUGAGCCAGUCAAGAUCGGCAGGUCUGUGGCUCGGUGUCGGCCGGCCCAGAACAACGCCACCUUCGACUGCAAGGUGCUGUCCAGAAAUCAUGCCCUGGUUUGGUUCGACCACAAGACCGGCAAGUUCUUCCUGCAGGACACUAAAAGCAGCAACGGGACGUUCAUCAACAGCCAGAGGUUGAGUCGCGGCUCGGAGGAGAGUCUGCCCUGCGAGGUUCUCUCAGGAGACAUCAUCCAGUUCGGCGUCGACGUCACUGAGAACACACGAAAAGUCACCCAUGGCUGUAUCGUGUCAACACUCAAACUCUUCCUACCUGAUGGGAUGGAGGCACGGCGACGAAGCGAUGUCAUCCAGGCUCCGUUACCACUACCUGUAGACAAGGUUGCAGCCAACACUCCCAGUAUGUAUUCUCAGGAACUGUUCCAGCUCUCCCAGUAUCUACAGGAGGCCUUACACAGAGAACAGAUGUUGGAGCAGAAGCUCGCCACUCUGCAGCGUCUGUUAGCCAACACACAGGAGGCCUCGGAGAGCAGCUGGCAGGCUCUGAUUGAUGAAGACCGCCUGCUCUCCAGACUGGAGGUGAUGGGCAGUCAGCUGCAGGCUUACUCUAAGUCCCAGCCGGAGGAAGGGAUCCGUAAGGAGCUCCUGGCUCUCCAGGAGGACAAACACAACUACGAAACGACGGCCAAGGAGUCUCUGAGGAGAGUCCUGCAGGAGAAGAUCGAGGUGGUCAGGAAGCUGUCAGAGGUGGAGCGCUCGCUCAGUAACACGGAGGACGAGUGCACCCACCUGAAGGAGAUGUCCGAGCGGGGCCAGGAGGAGCUGAGGGAGCUCGCCAACAAGUACAACGCCGCCGUCAACGAGAUCAAAGAGCUCACGGAAAAAAUUAAGGAGGCGGAGGGCCGGCAGGAGGAGCUGACCCAGCGGGGGGCGACGGAGAAGAGGGAGUUGGAGCUGCGGAUCGAGGAGAUGGAGGAGAAGGAGCAGGUUCUCCAGGCUCGCAUCGAAGCUCUGCAGGCCGACAACGACUUCACCAACGAGAGGCUGGCCGCCCUGCAGGUGCGGUUAGAACAGCUACAAGAGAAAAGCAUAAAAGAAAACAACAGCCUGGAUGUGGACAUUGUCUCCCACGGACCAGUAGAGGAGGCUGUGGAGGAGAAACAGAGCCUGCAGACCCCUGAGAGCCAGGAGGAAGACGAGGAUGAUGAUGGGGACACUGACACCGAUGAUGGUGCAUUUGGUGAAGAUGAAGAUGCUGAUGACAACUGUCAUGUUAACAACAGCGGAGGAGACUCGACUAGAAUCCAACAGUUGAUUGAAUGUCCGCCAGUCAAACAGCUGAAGGAGGCUGUAUGUUCUUCCAUCCACAAACUGGCCAACUUUGAUGAAGUGAUGGAUGCCCACCUACAGAACAACCAGUCGGGAGAAGACGACAUCCUGGCCAGCCCUGACCGACUCAAAGAGAACCAGACUGAUGGCAAAGAGUCCGACAUGUCAGACACUCUGAGUCCCAGCAAAGACCGCAGCAGUGACGACACGUCAGACGGCAACAUGGACGACCAGGAGCUGAUUGAACCUCAGAACAGAGGAGCGCUGCUCAAAGCUGAGUUGAAUCGGGCCGGGCUAGAGCCUGGAGACACAGAGCAGGUCAUCCACCACCUCCACAGAGAGCUUCUGGACGCCCAGGAACUAGCCAACACCGGCAAGCAGAGAUGUCUGGAGCUACAAGCUCUGCUGGAGGAGGAGACGAGGAGUAACUCUAGGCAGACUGAAGAGUCCACCAAACAGAUCCAGUACCUGCAGACUCAGCUCGGGAAGCUGCAGGCCGACAUGGAGGGGCUGAGGGAGCAGAGGGAGAGCACCAUCUGCACCACCCGAGAGGAGCUCUACUGCGCCCAGGAGGAGAUUAUUGUCCUCCGGCACGCCAUGGAGACGGCGACGACGGAGCGUGAGCGGGAGAUCAGCGCCCUGCAGGCCGACCUGGGCAGCGUGCGCUCUGAGCUGGAGCGCUGGAGGGACACGGCCGGGAGGUACGAGGGGGAGAUCAGCCGGCUGCAGGAGGCCUUCACACAGCAGCAGCAGCAGCAGAGCUCCGCCACACAGCUGCAGGCGGAAUGUGUUACGUUGAAGCAGCAGUGUGUGUGUUUGCAGCAGGACUGUGACGGCCUGAAAGGGGAACGGAAAGCUCUUACAGACAAACUGCACCGCCUGGAGACUGAGCUGAGCAGCACCAGGGAGCAGAGCCAGGUCCUCAGCAGCAGUCUGGAGUCUCUGGAGAAGAGGGAGGGGGUUCUGCAGGACAAACUGGGUUCUCUGGAGAACCAACACCUGCAGGACGCAAGCAAGCUGAAGAGCCAGCUGGACCAGGCCCAGGCCCACACACACACACUGCAGAGAGAGUAUGAAGACACACAGUCCCAGCUGUUGGACCUCCGUCAGCGCUACGAGAGGACAGAGAAGGAGAAGGUGAACAUCCACCAGGAGCUGGAGCAGUGCAAGAGCAGCCUGAAGCUGCUGCAGGACAAGACCAGCUCCGUGAGUACACACACAGACACACACACACACACAGACCCACACACACACACACAGACCCACACACACACACAGACCCACACACACACAACAGAUAAGGAUUCAUAA